AGGGCUGCAGGGCACAGAGCGGGGAGCUCACCCCGACCCUGGACUUGCCUAACAGGCAUGGUAACUACAUUUUGGGACAGCUGUUAAUAUUGUGGCGUAAGAGCACUUUCACGCUGUCACGUGUCACAUACAUCCACUCUUAGUAGCUCACUAUGAGUCAGAGCAGCGGUCCCAGCCCCAGGCUAGCAGACUCCCCUCUCUUGUUGCAAAGCACAGAACUUCUUUAUGGUGUGAGUAAUCCUCCACCAGAAUGUAUAUACCACCCGGAAUCCCUUACUCCUUCCCCAAAAAGUCUACCACCCUCCCCGGUGCCCCAGACAAACAUCUCAACGGGGGAUUGGGAGAGCCGAGAGGAGCUUCGCCUCCGAGAGCUGGAAGAGGCUCGGGCGCGAGCGGCACAGAUGGAGAAAACCAUGCGCUGGUGGUCAGACUGUACAGCCAACUGGAGAGAGAAGUGGAGUAAAGUGAGAGCUGAACGCAAUAAGGCCAGGGAAGAGGGAAUACAACUCAGGAGUAGGCUUGAGAUACUGAGCAAGGAGCUAGCGGCUCUCAAACGAGAGAGGCAAGAGGCAGCCAGCGAGACCGAACAACUUCGCAGAGAGCUGGAGAGACUUCGACAGAACAAAGGGGAGCCAGAGGCCGAUGAUCUGAACACAGAGGAGCCGGUGCGGGAUGUAGACGCCUACAGUUGCAUCAAGAACAAGGACACCGACCUGCAGACGGAAGGCUGGGAGCAGCAGAAUGGGAGGCGCAGCCCAAGGGUCCGGAACUGGGACGAAGCAAGCGCCGGUGAGGAGGAUGUUCCGAGGGUUACAGCUCUCCGGCUGAGGCUCGAUGAGACCCACAAGGUGCUGCUUAAAGAGAGAGAGGACAAAGUGCAGCUGAGUAAAACCAUUGAGAAGAUGGAAGCUGAACUUGGUCAGUGGAAGAUGAAAUGUGAGGAGAUGAGCAAAGCCAGGCAGGAAGUGGUUAAGCAGCUCACCCUUCUAAGGGAGCGACACCAAGACGAGCUGGGUCGCAUUUCAGAAGACCUGCAAGAUGAACUCGGAGUCCGGUCGAGUAUGGACAAGAAGCUGGCGGAGCUCCGAGCCGAGAUGGAGGCACUCCAGGCCGAGAACGCAGAGGAGUGGGGCCGUCGCGAAAGGCUGGAAACUGAAAAGCUUAGCCUAGAACGAGAGAACAAAAAACUGAGGCUUCAGAUUCAAGACCUGGAGGAAAUUCUGACCCGAAAGAGGAGACAGACGGCCAGUGCCCUCGACACUGACCUGAGGACCAUCCAGACUGAACUCUUUGAGAAGAAUAAGGAGCUGUCAGACCUGCGCCACGGUCACGCAAAGCUCAAGAAACAGCAUCACGAUCGCAGCGCUGAGCUCACUCACGCCAACCGGAGGGUGGAGCAGCUGGAAGCCGAGGUCAAAAAACUCCGUCUGAGGGUGGAGGAGCUGAAGAAAGAGCUGGGCCAGGCCGAGGAUGAGUUGGAUGAGGCCCAGAACCAGACCCGCAAGCUUCAGCGAGCUCUGGACGAGCAGAGUGAGCUGAAUGAAAACCUCCAGGUCCAGCUGGAACACCUACAGUCCAGGCUGCGGCGACAGCAGAAUCCGCCUCUGUUCGGGAAGCUGCACGCUUCACGAUAUGCGAACGAUGACAACACGGACCUAGGAAGCGACCCGGACGAAGACGAUCUUCAGAUCCAAAGCCCCUAGGGACAGACUCGACUUCUCGAUAAGAAACGCCGCUGGUCGUGUGGGUUGCGAUAACCAUAAACAUUGUGUCUAUGUUACAAGGCGUCACGGCGUAGACGAUGAGCUUGCUGUUCAGGAGAAGAGGUUGUGGGUGACCUCGCAGUAAAUGACUCAUUUACUUGGGUUUGGGG